CACCCCUGAGCUAAAGCGUCUCUGCACGUGCCGAAUGGAGCCUAUAUACUGUAGAGCGCGCAUCCCUGGUGCGCAUGCGCGCUAGCCUCAUGACAGGCACGCCUUUUCUCCAAUGAGAGAAACUGUGCCAGUUUGUAAGCGUUUCACUCAAAUCAAACCUAUUAGGCUAGGUACCUGUUUCCUAGCUCACAAAUCCAGUGCAAGGACAUUGAGAUCUUGCGAUUUAUCUAGAGUCGAUGGGCGGUGGAGUGUCUGCGGCUGUUCCACGGGCUGGCAUCAUUAUGGAAAUGUAAGAGUUAUGAAGAGGAAUGAUACAGCUGGAGCCUCGGAGGAGAGCCGUGUGUAGGGCAUGGAUGCAGCUAGCACCAUGGAGCAUCCGAGUCAAGGAAUGAUCAAGCUUUCCCCUUAACCGGAGCUGUCAGUGCAUCAGCAAGCCAUAUCCGAGCCCCAGCCAUAUCUUAGACACUACGUUAUGUUUAUGCAUAUAGCCAUAUCAGUGUUAUAUAGCAGCAGAUACGUGAGCCAAGCAAUGCUUUCUGUUGGGAUUAUCAGGAAAUCUACAGCCAUCCAAUCAUAAUUAGAGGACAAGCGACCAGAUGCAACACGUUGCUGGCUGUCAUUCAUCCGGAUAAAGAUUUAUUCUGUUCAUGGGAUGACGGCGUCCUUUAUGUUCUGCUGCAUCGCUGCUGUGCUGCCUGGCCUCUCUUUUCUUGCUGUAUCUGAUCUCGCACUGGCCUCCUGACAUCUGUAAGGCUCAUGCGGCGCUUUGUUUACUGUAAGGUGGUGCUCACCACCUCGCUGGUCUGGGUGCUGGUAGAUGUCUUCCUGCUGCUAUACUUCAGCGAGUGUAACAAAUGUGACAACCGGAAGGACCGCUCGCUCCUGCCCGCUCUCAGAGCCGUGAUGUCCCGAACUCAUGAGGGUCCAGGAGAGAUGGGGAAGGCUGUGAUCAUCCCGAAAGAGGACCAGGAGAAGAUGAAGGAACUCUUUAAAAUCAACCAGUUCAACCUGAUGGCCAGCGACAUGAUAGCACUCAACAGAAGCCUGCCAGAUGUGCGAUUGGACGGGUGUAAAACAAAGGUAAACCCCGAUGACCUGCCCAACACCAGCAUUGUGAUUGUUUUCCACAACGAGGCCUGGAGCACUCUAUUGCGUACUGUGCAUAGUGUCAUCAACCGCUCGCCCAGGCACCUGCUGGUGGAGAUCCUACUGGUGGAUGAUGCCAGUGAAAGAGAUUUCCUAAAGAAGAAGCUUGAGGACUAUGUGAAGACGCUGGAGGUACCGGUGCGGAUCUUGCGGAUGGAGCAGCGUUCCGGUCUGAUCCGGGCGAGGCUGAGAGGAGCGGCUGCUACCAGAGGUCAGGUUAUCACCUUCCUGGAUGCUCACUGUGAAUGCACUGUGGGCUGGUUGGAGCCACUGCUCGCCCGCAUUAAAGAAGACAGGAAAGCCGUGGUCUGCCCCAUCAUCGAUGUCAUCAGUGACGAGACUUUUGAGUACAUGGCGGGCUCGGACAUGACAUACGGAGGCUUUAACUGGAAACUGAACUUCAGGUGGUACCCUGUUCCUCAGAGAGAGAUGGACCGACGCAAAGGAGAUCGCACCUUACCCGUCAGAACUCCCACCAUGGCUGGCGGUUUGUUUUCUAUUGACCGAACCUAUUUUGAGGAGAUUGGCACCUACGAUCCCGGAAUGGACAUAUGGGGAGGAGAGAACUUAGAAAUAUCUUUCAGGAUCUGGCAGUGUGGCGGCUCUCUGGAGAUCGUCACAUGUUCCCACGUAGGCCAUGUGUUUCGGAAGGCCACGCCUUACAGUUUCCCAGGUGGUACUGGCCAAGUGAUCAACAAGAACAACAGGCGACUGGCUGAAGUCUGGAUGGAUGAAUUCAAAGACUUUUUUUACAUCAUAUCACCAGGAGUGGUGCGAGUGGACUAUGGAGACGUAUCAGCUCGCAAGGCUCUGAGAGAAGCUCUGCAGUGUAAACCUUUCUCCUGGUAUCUGGAGAACAUCUACCCUGACUCACAGAUACCACGCAGAUACUACUCACUUGGAGAGAUCAGAAACGUGGAGACCAACCAGUGUGUGGACAACAUGGGAAGGAAAGAGAAUGAGAAGGUCGGCUUCUUUAACUGCCACGGGAUGGGUGGGAACCAGGUGUUUUCAUACACAGCAGAUAAAGAAAUCCGGACUGAUGACCUGUGUCUGGACGUGUCCCGUCUGAAUGGCCCCGUCAUCAUGCUGAAGUGCCACCACAUGAAAGGCAACCAGAUGUUUGAGUAUGAUGCUGAGUAUGUUGGCAAGUGGGAAUAUGAUUUUAAGAAGGGCACGUUCCUGCACAUUAUCACACAGUCAUGCCUCACCAUCAGCCGGCUGGAGGAUGGGACGUACGGGCCUACGGUGGAGUACUGUGACGAUAGUCCCCUUCAGUCUUGGGUCCUCAGGAACUACACCACACUGGAGGUGGUUAGGAAGGUCUACUACAGUGCCACUGAUUACUUUCUGUAACUGGCAAGCCCAGGCCACAGCAGGUUAGUGCUGGAAGGUUUAGUGGCCCAGUCCUCUGUACUCAGGCUUUAGUCAGAGAUUAGAAACACUCCUCAAUGAGUGCUAUAAUCAGCCUCUAACCCCAUGGAUGAUUCAUAAUAGCUUAUUAUUGUACAUUCCAUUUUUUCUCAUCUUUUCAUCAUUAGUAAAUUAAAACAUUUUCAAUGACACAUUUUUCUAGUAUGAUGGUCUUUUGAACCACCCACAAUCCUCUCUAAGCGAGCUGCUCAUACUUGCUAGAAUAACCUGCAAUUAGUCUAACUACUGAACUAGUGGAUAUCAGGGAGUAACCCUAAUCACCUCACAGUGCAUUAUACUCAUAAAAAGUAGGUUCCAUAAUGAACAACGGUAAUAAAAACAGAAGACAGGAUCAAUGCUGAAGCGAGUGUGGAGUGUUUCAUAGACAUAGCAAAACAAAUGUGCCUCCCUCCAAUGCUCUAUCACAGAUUCUCUCCAGAGAAAAAUAAUACGAUAUUAAGUGAGGAAUAAAACACAGCAGGACAUGCAGGACAUGUAUAGGAAAAUAAUCACUGAAUGGGUGGCACAUUGUAUGUUUUGUCUGUUUAUAGUUACAUUUCAUGUAAUAGAACUUUAUAUUUUAUACAUUUAUAAAAUGUAUACAUUUAUUUAUUUAUUUAUUUAUUUUAAUGAAUAUUAAUAGGAAUAAUUGAUAAAUAUAAAAAAAAUAAUAUUCAGUCAAAUUUAAGAUAUUACAGUACGCCAGUGUGUUAUGCCUUGCCUAUUGUUAAGGGCAUGCCCUGUCAACUUAUUGAUUAUGUUUCCUGCAACUGAACAAAUUGCUGUAUAAUAUACAGUAUGUUGAAGAAUGGGUGUAUAUGAGGAUUGGGCCUGUUUACACACUUAGAUGUUUUGAAGUAGAUUAGCUUGAUGUUGGUUUAGAUCAUGUAGGCUGAAAUGUGGAUGUGUUCGCUAGUUUUAGUGAGUAUUUGUUUCUGUGUGUGAAAUUUGGAACUUUAGACACUUCUUGUCCAUUCCAGACGAAUGAAGACUCUCAGUGCUUGUGUUCAAGACAGAUUCCAGUGUUUAGGAUCUAUUACUGCUGACCUUUUUAGUGGUUUAAGAGAAGCCAGGAGCUCACCCAUAGCAACAAUAUUGACAUCUAAAGAACUGCUGUUUACACACCACCAUCACCAAGACCUUUUCAGCACCACUGCAUCAAAUUAAAUCUUAUUUGACAUUUAUGUUCCUUACAUAAAUAUUUCAUAUUUAUAUGAAAAUUUGGUAGUUGCUGCUUCAUUUUACAUAUGCCAGCCCUCACUGAGUGAGAGCAGAGGAGGAAUCAUUAUUCCAUAAUGCGACCUGAUUAUCUAUGCGCAGAGCUCUGAAAUAGGUUUGUCUUUGUUUGCGAGUUCUUUUGAAGUGAUCGCUCAUUGUGAAAGGCCUCUUUCAUGGCCCUGGUCUCUCAGAGAGCAUGGCUGCAUCUGAGCACUCACACACAGCCAUGCCACAGCUGUGCUCAGCACAAACAGGGUGUGCGGGGUGUUUUUUUAUAUAUAUUUAUUAUCAGAGCCCUGAAUAGUAAUGGCCUCUCUGCCCCUUUUUUAUGCUGGAAGUGUUAUGUUGCUUUUCAGGCUGUUAAUCUUUUUGUGUCUGUUUUGUUUUGUUUUCAUUGUUGGAUCUCAUAUUCUUGCUCAUCAGUCAAAAUCAAAAACUCAGUGAUUUACUUCUGUGCUUAGUGAUUUAUCUUAGUGCGAUGUGUCCUCCUCAAGAUGUUGCUUGUAAUAACACCAUAAAAUAUUGUAUACUACCUUGACUGGAACAUGAUUGGGAUAUAGAUGUGUUUUCAUAUAUUUUUUGGUAACACUUUUUGGUAACACUUUCUAUGAAGCUCAUUUCCAUAAAUCAUUACAGCUACACUUAUAAUUCUUUGUAAGUAGAUAAUGAUUGCGUGUUAACAUUUUUUAAUAAUGCCUCAUAAACCUCUAAUAAUAUUCAAUAAAUAAUUCCUUGAUAACUUGAAGCAAAUGUAAUAUUGACGAACAAUUAUAAAAUACAACCUGGCAUCCUGUCCCUCCAAGGUUAAGCAGAUGCUACACAUGUGUGUUCUUGUCAUCUUUCCCAACUUUUUCAAUGUAAUGUGUAUGUUUUUUUGUAAUUAAUUUGGAAAUGAGUGUUUCCAUAUUACAUUACAAGUAUGAAGUUAAUAGGGUCUUACAGCUUAGAAUGAGGAAUAAUUUAACGUCUCAUUCAAUUUACAUGAAGCACUCAGUGAUGAGGUCAUUAUUAGUUAUGAAGCUUGUGCAGUGGGUUGCCACAUGGCAUUGUAAUGAAUAGUGAAACUUGCAUUAAAAGUUAUCAGGGAGUUAUUUUUAUAGUACAUUACAUUACACCACAACAUUGUUGAAUUUUCUGACAGUAGUUCCGGCUGUAACAUAAAUGAUUUAUAUUAAUGUAUUUGUUCUAAUACGUUAAAGUAUUACACGUUAUACGUUAUAGUAGUUUCUAUGGCAACAGCUCGUUCACAGGGAUUUGUAUUGUGGACGCUCCCCAUAAUCUAAGGCUAGUAAUAAACAGAGUGUUUAUUAUGGUGACACUUUCUAUGGUGAAGGAAACAUUUAUGUAGCAUUUAUGGAAGGAAUCUCAGGUGUCAGGGGUAUGUAAUGGUCAGUAAACUGGUCAGUAAACAGUAAAUCAGAGGAAUCUGGUUUCUCAGUAGCUGUGGCAGCGGGGGCUUAGUCGAUCAUCGGCUGCAGACGGAGAGGAGACGCACAGGUAAUGUGUGAUGAUUCUCACCUGUGUGUGAUUAUGGACAGUUUAUGUGUGUGCUUUGUUUGUCCUUUCAGACAAGGCUGUAUGCCAGAGAGAGCUGACAAAGCUGACAUAACACACACAACACACUUGUGUUAGACUUGAACUUAAACUGUGGACGUGAACAUAAAAAAGCUGUGAGCGGCGUAGUGUUUGAUUUUGUUGACAGUUAUUUAUUAAGGGGAAGAGGCAUGGGCUGAAAAGCGCUUAUGGGAAAAAGAAAGCCCAGAAAAAUCAAAAGAAGCAAGAAGCUCCCUAAAAAGUGGCCUGUCUCCUGAGUCCUCAUUUUCACACACGCACACACUGGGUUCUGCAGUAACAUGACAAGCUUUGUUUUUUUUGUAUUUAAAAUAAUAGAGGCUGGUGAUGGAAGGACUGUUUAUCACUGCUAUAAUGUUAGUGAUAACAGGAACUAACUUGUGGAUGUGCCAUAAGAAUAAAUGCAACUUUAAAGGGUUAAAGGUGCGAUGUUUCACUCAUUAGUAAAUGAUAAAUUGUAAUCUUUGGUAAAUCGCUGUGGUAUAAGAGGAAUGACUAAUUUCAAGCUAUGCUCUUAUAGGAAAAUAAUCCACUUUAGGCUGGUAUCCGCUUUACGUCAGGCCAGCAUGGAUUAUCUUCCUAUAACAGUAUAGCCUGUAGUGUGCUCUUCCAUACUUACUAAAGCUUUAUGAGGCAUUAUUUUAUAAAAUUUACGCAGUUUAAUAAAGUUUAUAAAAUUCCAAGGAAUCAUUACCAACUUACAAUGAACUAUAAGCAGGUUAUAAUGAUUCAUGUAUACGGGCUUCAUUGAAAGUCUUACCAACUUUUCCUUGAAGCUGAAGAACUUUCUAGCAAAAUUGAAUUUUGUCUUUUAUUUGAGAACUCUCUUGGGUGGUGUAGGCAUGUGUGUGAAUGUUCUUGACUAUGUGAUGUGUGUAGGAGCAAUGUGACCAAAAACAGUCAUUAGAGCAGCAGAACAUCAGUGUGCUCCCUGUACUCUGCAGCUGCUGUCACACAGAGACAUGUGUAUGAUGGGUAUUCCUCAGCAGGGGCACACUCUUACACGCCAGUCACAUUUAAUUACCUGAUCGUCAAGCCUUGUGAGGGGUGACACAUUUUCACUCACUUACUACACUGCAUUGACCUUUUGUUUCUCUCGCUGUGAAUAGAAGAUUUUAGUGAAACAUUUAUUGGCACUUUAUUGGCUUGACAACGAGUGAACUUUGUGAAUUAUUGGCACCCUUCAGUGGCACAAAUGAUUGUAUAAAAUAAUCGUCAGACGGAAUCAGUCGAAUCUUCCACUUAAACAGUGGGAGAAAAUACUUACUUUUUCUUCAUGCAAAAACAUUUGACAUAAUAUCGACCCUCCUACAAUAUUUAUUGUUGUUGACCAAAUAUGACAUAAAUAUAAAAUCCUUUUAUUAUUCAUUACUAUGGAGGAAACCAAAGAGCAGAAGAGGCCAAUCCACAUGAAUAAACCUAAGAAUAUAAAGAAGCUUGAAAUAUUCUAGAGGGAGAAGUGGUACAAGAUUUCUCUACCAGUGUCUAAAACCUUGUGAAUAUAUUGCUUCUGCAAAUACUCAUUGCUGGAUGCAAGUUUUGUAGAAAAUGUGUAAAAAUAUGUUUAAAUGUGUUAAAAUAAAACAGAAGAUUGUUCCCAUAAUCAAACUCAAAACAUCACUUGUAUAUGUUAUUUGUUUUAUAGAUUCUUUUUUGCACAUUUUCAUGAAGGGUGCCAAUAUUUUUCGGAGUUGACUACAUGUAAUAUCUUUGUUUAAUGAGCACUGAUUUCUCCAUGACCUAUUUGUAUGUUGAAAUCCGUCCAUGUGCACUGUUUCAAGAGAUGCCUAAGUUCAUCUCAUUCAGAUAUUCUUUUUCCGAGAUGAAACUGAAUAGAAUUCAAUUAUUAUUAUCAAUUAUUAAAUCUUUUCUAGCCCUUUUGCUAAAUGCAUCUAGGAUCCAUUGUGUUUAUUUUAGAUUUUUGCUAAUUUAAAUAUUACCAUCAGGAACUCAUUUUGUAACACCUGAUGGAAAUGGAUAAAAGUCACAGCCUAAGCUAUAUACAACAUACGCUGCUGUACGUUCUUACACAUGCAUCAAGAAAAAAACAAUUACAUUGUCUACAUUGUACCCAACACUAAAAGCAACACCACAAGCAACAUCUCUUGUCCUUUUAUUUUCUAGUCAUUUUAUUCACCUUAUCAGUCUGCUCAUUUGAGGUUUCUACUGUACUUCUUUCAGAUCAUGUCAUUACAGCAAUGUAAACAAGCUCCAUUUAAACAGUAAUGUCAUAAUGUGCAUUCACAUGCUCACUUUGUUCAGCUGUUAGCUAGCAGCUGUUUGAUAGGGCACUGUUUAAUUAUGAAGCCCAGAGAGCCGUUUGUGAUUAGUGCUGAGCCUGAAACCAGAGGCCAGUCACACUCAUUAGUUUCUCUUGCUGCUACUUGAACAGUGUAAAUAGAGUCUAGCCACACGUCCAACACAUCCGCAUCUCCAUGCACGGCCUAUUAUUAAUGGCACUAAGGUAGGCCAGACUAGGCGCAGGGGUUUUUGGAAGCAUGCCUUUUCUCAGCACGGCUAUUUUUUCUUAUGUAUGAGUCUGCCAUGAGUUAUAAAUGGUUUGAUGCUGCAUGACAGGGAAAAAUGAUCUCUUUUGGCUUUGAAUGAAAUUGAAAUAAAAAGGGUUGUUGAAGUAGAGCUGCUUGCAGAUAGUUUUUAUAAUUGUGUGUCAUAAUUGGUAAUCACUACAAUAUGAUUAAGACAGACAGACAAAUGGAUAAGAAUGAAAACUGCAGCAGUUUUGCGGGUCAAUUUUUUCUCGUUGCGUUUUAAGCUGAAGUGUGUCCUGAAAGCUGACUUGAAGCAGAUGUAAGAUGUACAUUUUCUCUCUUAUUGUAUUUCUGAACACUUAGUCAAGAGGCUUAACGGUGCGAUCAGUGUUUAACUUGUAUAGAGAACACAGCAAUCACACUCGAGUGUGGACCAAAACAACCAGUCUGAGCAAGGUGGUCUCUGAGGGAACUCUACUGCAGUUUGAUUGCUGUCUGAAAGCGUUUCAACCUUGAAUCGACCCUACGGCAGGAAGUGAACCAAACAUGCCAUGUAUUUUCGGUUGUGUGCAACAUUUUUUUACAUGUGAGCUUCUAAACUGACCCCUGAGCUACGAACUGAGCCAAAGAACAGAGCUGUAUGCAAUACAAUGCUGGAUGCAAUACAUUACUACAUUACACACUUAUAAUUAUCUAAUCAUGUAUGUCGUGCCAAAUCUGUGCUUGGGUGAUUUUUGUGAUUUCUACACACAAAGUUUUGUUUAGCAUACAGUAUAUAUAUGUGGAGUGUGAAACUAAACCAAACUGAAUAGCAAAUUGAAAACCAAAAGUCUCAAUUUCACUCUAAUCGGGACUCGGUAACUAAAAACAUAGGUGUGAAAGCAGCCUUAAAAAGCAGUCUUUCCAACUACCUGUGCUUCUCUCUUUCUAAAUGUACUAUUGCAGAGAUAUUUGAUUGCUCUCCAAAGCUGGAGGCAACAGAUAUUUUACAUAAUCUGCCACAGCAUGCAUAGUAAAACAGGUUUACUGCAAAAUCACAGUAAUUACUCCAGUAAAUUAUUGUCAAUUUAUAGUAUGUGUAUUGCAAUAUAUAUUUAUAAUGAUUUCCAAUAAUUUUAGACACAGCUGAUAAAUGCGAUAAACCCUUUUUUUUUUUUUUAAGUACAACACUUAACUGUAUUUUUUAUCAUUGAUUGGAGGUUGAAUAGUAUAAUGGCUGGGGUUUGAUUCACCUAUCCAGGUAACAACACGAGUUGUUAAUACCAAUUAAUAUUUGUAAUGGUGGCUGUUGUUUCAAUGUUAUAUGUUUUCUUUU